GCUAAGCUGCCAACUCUUACGAAGCUGUCACAUGUCAGUACUCAGAUCCUUCCAAGCAAUAUACUUCAAGUCCUUCAUUUUUACCACAUUUCCAAGUUUAAUUUUGUCGUUCUUUAUUACAUUUAAAAACUAAAAUCACAAUUAUUACACAAAGUAUUUUCAAUUAUACAGCUAAAUAAUAAAUCAAACUCCACCGAAACCUCCUCAAGCGUAAAUAUUUAAAAAAAAAAAACAUUUUGAUCAAAAAAAAAAAAAACUUAAAAAAAAACACCAAAACAAUCAAACACCCCAUCUACAACAAGCGAACCCACUUAAAUAAAAAGACACCCAACUCACAUUCUCACAAUCUCACUAGUACAGUACAACACCCUCAAAACCAAUUUCCCCAAAUUCCCAAUUUCACCACUAAAUAGCUCACUUGUAUUCAAUUGUAUCAUUUUUCCACAAGAUGCACGCAAAGACGGAUUCCGAGGUCACUAGUCUAUCCGCCUCAUCCCCAAACCGAUCGCCGCCUCGGCGGCCGGUGUAUUACGUGCAGAGUCCAUCCCGAGACUCGCACGAUGGCGAAAAAACAACAACAUCAUUCCAAUCAACACCAGUGCUGAGCCCUGCUGGCUCUCCCCCGCACUCUCAUUCCUCUGUUGGCCGCCACUCUCGUGAAUCAUCAUCGACUCGAUUCUCCGGCUCGCUUAAACCCGGAAGUGGGUCUCGCAAGAUAUCCCCUAAUGACGGUGGAUCUGGUGGUGGUAGAAAAGGUGGGCAUAAGAAGAAUCAAGCUCCUUGGAAAGAGUGUGAUGUUAUUGAAGAAGAAAAUCUUAUUGAAGAUGAAGAGAAUCAGAAACCACUACCUCGCCGCUGCUAUGUUCUCGCUUUUAUUUUAGGGUUCUUCGUUCUCUUCUCUUUUUUCUCCCUCAUUCUUUGGGGCGCUGCUCGCCCUCAGAAACCCAAGAUCACUGUCAAGAGUAUAAAGUUUGAUCGAUUUCUAGUAUCGGCUGGAUCAGAUGCAACCGGAGUAGCAACCGAAAUGGCAUCAGUGAACUCAACCCUCAAAUUUCUUUAUCGAAACACUGCAACAUUCUUCGGGGUUCAUGUAACAUCUACUCCACUAGAUCUAUCAUUCUCACAGAUCACCGUUGGUACAGGAAACCUCAAGAAAUUCUAUCAGUCAAGAAAGAGUCAGAAAACAGUGAAUGUGCAAAUAUUAGGGGAUAAAAUUCCGCUUUAUGGAAGCGGGCAAAGCUUGAUUGGUACAUCGACAGGCGUGCCGACGGCGACAGUGAACAUGACGCUAAGCUUCACUGUUCGAUCUAGAGCUUAUGUGUUGGGAAGAUUGGUGAAACCCAAAUUCUACAAAACCAUUGAUUGUGUAGUUGCAUAUAAUCCUAAGAAACCCAAUUCUGCUAUUUCCCUCAAGAAAGCUUGCACCUAUCAAUAAGCAUCCGGUUAAAAUUUUAUUCUUUUUCCGUUCACUUUUAUUUGUAACAUUGCUUACUACUGUGGUUCUCGUAUCUUGCAAGGUGCACUCGGUUUUCGCUCAUUUGGAAUGAUCCAUUUAUAAAAACGGGGUAAAUGAGCAGAAAUUACUCUGGGGUGCGUCUAGGUUUUACCUAUAUGGGUUAAGUUGGUUUACAAAGGGAUGAAACUAAGGUCGGUGGCAAAGUAGUGGGAAAUUACUGGCAAGAGUUAGUGUCGGUGGGCAGUGGAAAAUGCACAUCUUUAUUUAUUUUUUUGGAUCUGUGAGAACUUUUUUUUUUUUUUUUUUUUAUAUUAGCUGUUACUCAAAAGGAGUAUUGUAACACAUGUAUGGAAAGGCUAGUGUAUCCAUUAUAUAUGUAUAAUAUAACUAAUUGUGGACCCGCGCGCAUUGCGGUGCGGUUCCCCAAGUUAUCAAUGUAUUUUUUUCAAAUGAUUUUAUUAUCGGUGUUGUUUCUUAA